CACAGAUGCAGACUCGCUUCAGUUCAGCUGCAGGCUGAUAAUCAGACAGAAACGGACACAGCAAGUUCAGUUGACGCGAAGAGGCAGGCAGAGCUACUUUCCGUCUGUUUGUGGCUUUGUGUUAGAGACUCGACACUCGAGAGAGGAGCUGCUGGGGCUGUUUCUGUUAGAAUCAGAAACACUGAAGAGCCUGAAGACUUGCAUGAUGAUUAAAACAGUUAUCAGUGGCUGAUUGAGUGCAAGCUCGGAGAUUCCCUGACACUUCGGAUACGCCAGCGCUGAGUACUGAAUGCUGAAUACUGAAUGCUGAAUACUGAAUGCUGAAUACUGAGAUUUGUUUGACACUUUUGCCAAGCCUGAUUGUUUAAAGAAACUGUGUUCCUCCUCUUGGCAUGACUGAGAAACACAACAAGCUGGCAUUCCCAGUGGCUCUGUUCUGGAAACUCCACUUCCCACAAAGGACGAGGAGGAUAAUGCAGCCAGCACAGCAGCUCCUCUAACUGGAUUUGAUUUAGGAGGAAGAUUUUGCAGGAAGAAUGAUGAGCAGUGGUCCUGCUAUAGUCUACGAGUGGCUGAAAACCCUGCAGCUCUCCCAGUAUGUCGAGUCUUUCGUGGAUAACGGCUACGACGACCUGGAGGUGUGUAAGCAGAUCGGAGAGCCAGACCUGGACGCCAUCGGUGUGUUUCCCCCUCAUCACAGACUCAAAGUUCUCCGAGCAGUGCAGAGACUCAGAGAGGAGGACAAGAAGCUGGCCCCAGGUCUUUACUUCACCUUAGAGCCCCUUCCUGAUGUCUCCAGUGUCUAUGACACUGCUAAAGCCAGUGGGUCCCACUGGGACAGAGAAGGACCUGAGCUGUCCAAUAACAAUAAUCUAGUGCUCGGAGAUCCUCCAGAUCCAGUGACUUACCCCAGACUCAAGCUGAAGAUCCUGAUCCGAGAUAAGCUGAUCAAGGAUGGGAUAGACCUGAGUAAGCCGCCUUACUCAUUUAAGGAUGGCUCUCUGGGAAACAUUGAGGAUUUGGCUAAGGAGUACUCAGAGUAUUACAGUACCUCUUACAGUGACGUGUAUGAAAGGAUGGAGGAGCUUCGCAAGCGCAAAGUGGCUCAGGAAGCAGAGAUCGCAAAUACUGAGUCAAUGAUCACAUCACUUCAGCUGCGCUCAGAAAUCCAGGAGUCCCUGGGGCUGAGCAGUAAUGUGUCCACUCCUGAGGUCGAGAGAAGGCUGUUGAUGCACAAGUCAGGCUCAGAAGAUGGAUCUGGAGGAAAAUGGGACAGAAAGAAAAACAGAUCCUUCUGGCAGAAUUUCCGUAAGACACAGAAAGGCAUUAUACGCCAGACGUCAAAAGCUGAUGACCUUGGCUUUGUAGCCAGUGAGAUCACAAUGAGCGAUGAAGAACGCAUUCAGCUGAUGAUGAUGGUGAAGGAGAAGAUGAUAACUGUAGAGGAGGCCUUGGCUCGGCUGAAAGAGUAUGAGGCUCAAAAUCGUCACUCAUGUAGCACGGACACAAAUGAGUGGACUGAUGCCCCCAGUCCCACUACGAACGAGCUCUCUGUAAACUUUAAUUCACAGCAGUCAGAUGAUGACCUGGAGGAGUCGAUGGCUUUUCGAAGGCUUCACAAGCUGGUCAAUUCUACCCGCCGUGUGAAGAAGAAGCUCAUUAGAAUAGACGAGAGCAAAAAACACACAUCAAAAGACUCGUUGAGCUCUGACUUCUCUCCUACAUGUGAGGAAAAGGCCUCUCUCUACUCGGGUGUACAGAAGCGUCUGGUCAUGUCUCAGGGUGAUGGAAUGGCCUCAGCUCUGUGUGUGGACGGAGAUUCAGACAGCCUGACUACUUCUCCGUCCUCCAGCAGCCUGGACACCUACAGUGGCCAUAAGCAGUUUAAGCCGUUUAACAGUAGCCAGGGGCUAGGCUACUCUCCCGCAGGGCCCAGCGUGGACACUGCAGUGAUGGACGCAGACAGCCGCUCAUCCUUUUCUGAGGCUGAGGGCUGCUGUGAAGAGGAGCCCAGGAUAACCCGUUCUGUGACUGAUGGAGAAAUGAGACGGGCCCUGAGUCCCUCUAAAUUACAUGGGAGGGCGUGUAGCUUUGGAGGGUUUGACCUUAUGAACCAGUCAGUAUACAUGAGACACAACUCUAACGCCCCUAGUGAUAAUGGGACCAUCAGCAGGAGAGAUGCAGCGAGGUCACCAACUCCGUCCCGCAUCUCUCUCGGGAAGAAGGUGAAGUCGGUGAAGGAGACCAUGAGGAAACGCAUAUCCAAGAAAAGUAGUUCUGUCAUGUUUGAGCAGUUGAGUCCAAGCCGAGAGCCUGAGUCACUCCAGUCCCCCUGCACAGACACAGACUCGCUGGAAAAACCCAAGCUCAAGUCCAGCUGUUCUGUCGAGAGUCUGAGGAGCUCACUAAGUGGACAGAGCUCAAUGAGUGGUCAGACAGUAAGCACCACAGACUCCUCAGCAAGUAACAGAGAGAGUGUGAAGUCGGAGGAUGGUGAUGAGGAGGAGCUGCCUUACAGAGGGCCGUUUUGUGGCCGAGCCCUUGUACACACCGACUUCAUCCCCAGCCCAUAUGACACAGAUUCCCUCAAACUCAAGAGAGGGGAUGUUAUAGACAUAAUCAGUAAGCCUCCAAUGGGUACAUGGAUGGGCCUUCUGAAUAACAAGGUGGGCACCUUUAAGUUCAUCUACGUAGACGUGCUGAGUGAGGAAGUCGAAAAGCCCAAGUGCAGCAUCAAGAAGAGAAGGAAGAGUCGGCCUCCCAAACCCACCUCUGUGGAAGAGCUUCUAGAGCGCAUCGACCUCAAAGAGCACAUGCCUACAUUCCUGUUUAAUGGAUAUGAGGAUCUGGAAACGUUUAAGUUGCUGGAGGAGGAGGACCUGGACGAGUUGAACAUCAGAGACCCACAGCACAGAGCAGUGUUGCUGACUGCAGUGGAGCUGCUGCAGGAGUAUGACAUUAACAGUGACCCCGAGAAUGGUGGCUCCUCAGUAGACCCAGAGGAGAAGGUUCAGCCAGAGAUAUCAGCUCCCUCAAGAGAUUCUCCACGUGACUCUGGUUGCUAUGAGAGCAAUGAGAAUCUGGAGAAUGGGAAAGGCAAAAAGACAUCUCAUUUAAGCAGGUCUUCAUCAGGCUUUGAGUCCAGUCACCUCCCGUCUCCUGAGUAUCCCACUCCACCUCUCGGCCAGUCCAGCAGCAGGCAGGAUCCACAGUCUCUCCUGCCACCUUUCCAGAUAACUUCCAUCCAAGCUGUUCAUUUAGGGACCAGCCGCUCCUUGCUCAGCUUAAAACCCCUCAGUCAGAGCUAUGAUGAGUUGCUUUGCAUCCCUGUUCCCCAAGGCUUGUGGAAACGCUCUCUUUCAUUGGAUUAUCAGCUCCUCCACAUUAAGGAGCCCUACAAUCCAGAAGAUUUGACUCCCACUCAAUCAGCAGAACCUGAUGCUUUGCUGCAGAGUUAUAGCCCUGCUGAGCAGAAUGAAGCUAUAACAUCUCAGGCAUGUGCCAACCAAGAGGAUGACUCUGAAGAGCUAGGCACAGGAGAUGAUCUGACUUUCCCUUCUGUUGACUCCUCCACGGAUGUGGAGAGCGAGGAGGUACCUGUAGAUAGUGCUGAAACGUCUCCACCAGAUCCUCCCUUACACUCACACCGCAUAAAACCUCCAGUUCCUCCUAAACCUCUUCCGCUGCCAUUUGUAAAUGACAAAGGGAUAACAAACCCUGACAACAAACACGUGUUCCAAAGCACCUUGGUAUCACACAAAUCAGACACUGCCUCUGGUAUACCCAAGUCCAGCAAACCUUUUAUCCACAGGCUUGGAAAGAAAGUGCAGCAUGCCCGAUCACCUAAUCUGGACUUACUUGUAGAAGAGAAGCUGAGCUUGGAUGGUAUAGACCUCACAGAGGAGCCCUAUUCUGACAAGCAUGGCCGUUACAGAGUCCCGUUCUCCCUCAUUCAAAGAUACUCUGAAGAUUUGGAUAAGCCUUUAGGGGAUAUUGCUGCAGUAAUGGAUCAGACCAGAGUCCAGCUGCUUCGCAAACAGCACCGUAUGGCAAUCCCACUGAGAGGAUUAUCAGAGAUUUGUAUAAAGCUAUAAUCCUUUGAGUAAUGCUGGAUCCCAGGGCUUCAUGUUGUCACCUGUUACUCUCUGGCACGGACGCUUGAUCUAUCAACUGUCUGAUAGUAUAGCAGAUCACCAGACCACAGCAGUCACAGCUGAUGCCAAAAUGUUUGAAUGAAUGAAGAAUGUUACUGACUGUCAUGAAGGAAAUCUGUACACUUUUCAAGUGUUACUAGAGCCAAUUUAAGAUUUUACUUCUUUUUCAAAAAUGACUUUUUGUUUAAUGUCACUUUAAUGCAGUUUUAAUUAAAGGCAGGCAAUAUGACAAAAAAUAUAUUGCAAUACCUGAAAACAUUUCUUUGAUAAAUGUAGGUAUCACAAUUUAGCUUUGCUAACAAACUUCCAGCAAAAUAGUAGCAUUGCAUUUAAUGAAAAAUCUGUGAAAUACUGAGCUAGGUGAUACUUUUAUUUAUUGUCUAGAAAAAUAAAUUAUUAAACACAGAAAAAAGGAGAAAAAAAGUACAAUUUCUGUAAUUAAAUUUUAACAUUUAACAAUUUUUAAAUAUUCGGUACAAAGUCUUAAGUCAGCUGCUUCUAAUCACAGUAGUUUUAAAAAUAUAUAAAAAAAAUAUUGCUGAUAUUGCAAUAUCGCUGAUAUUGUGAUGUUGCCCAGCCUUUAUUCUAAUGUUUUAAUAGGUUUUGAAAAAUAGUUUUGUGAAAUCAGAUACAUGCUUGCUCUGAAUCUGUAAUUUUUUUUUUCAUGGUUAUAUAGAAUACAAUUAAUUCAGUACUUGUGUUUAGCCAGCACCAGAUCAGCAUCUUGGAAAGUUUUUAAAUCUCUAAAUCAUGCUACUUGUAAACUAGAAUGUGAUUAAUUGUGAAGUACAACUGCUGCCUUUCAAGUGUAAAUAUAAAAUAGGAGCUCUCUAUGAUGACUUGUGAAUUUGCAUUUGUUUUAAAAUGUGUUUAGUUUCACCUUGAAAAAUGAAGAUUGUGAUUAAAGAUACCUGAGCUCUUGGCUUUAUUAUGAAAUGACUAGGUCAGUGGUUCUCAAUUCCAGUGAAGCCCUGCACAAUUUAGUUUUUCUUAAAUAAUUUCCAAUAAAUAAUUGGUUCUUUACUUUAAUUUUAAACACUUUGUAUUUAGUCCUGUAUGUAGGACCAUGGAAAGAAGAAUCCAUACAUUUUCUGUUCUAAAUUGAGAUUGAGGGUUAUACCCUUCUUUGCUACUGAAAUUUAGGGAACAGUUUUCAAAUAUUCCUCUUACUUUGUGUAAAAGACAAGGCUAGGUAUGUUGGAUUUUUUUCAUAUGUCUGUGAAAGCAUGUUGUCUGUUGUCUUUUUAUUUCUAUAUAUUUUCUCAAAAAAGUUGUUUAUCAAGCUAAAUAUUUAUUAUUUUUUUCAUUGUUACAGGGUGUAUUCAAGGAUACUCUCUGUAUUGUCAUUACAUACUUUAAUCCUUUGAAAUGGCUUUAAUGGUCGUGUGUAGAUUAUACAAAUGGACUUAAAUAACUUCUUAGGAAGAAC